GGUCACACUGGUUUUGUUUUUUGUUUUUGUUUUUGUUGUGGCCGGAAUGCAGGGUAAACUCUGCAAACUGGUGUUGAAAUGCCUCCUGGCGGUGCCCCUUAUCCUGCUGGUGGACUACUGCGGCCUACUAACCCACCUCCACGAGCUGGACUUCGAACGCCACUUCCACUAUCCGAUAAAAGAUGACGGCCUGGCCACCUCUGGCAUUGACGGAUACGCCUUUUUGCGGAUGCCCACAUUUACGGGCGAGGCUGCAUCGGAUCCGCCCCGGUUAACCAUACUCGUCAAGAGCGCCGUGGCCAAUGUCCAGCGCCGGGAUGCCAUCCGACGCACUUGGGGCUAUGAAGCCCGCUUCUCGGAUGUCCAACUGCGUCGGGUUUUUCUGCUGGGCACGGCGGAGGAGGGACAAAAGGACGUGGCCUGGGAAGCGCGCGAACACGGCGACAUUCUCCAGGGUGAUUUCGUGGAUGCCUACUUUAACAACACCCUGAAAACCAUGCUGGGGAUGCGGUGGGCCAGCGAGCACUUCAACCGGAGCGAUUUCUAUCUCUUUGUGGACGACGACUACUAUGUGUCGAUGAAGAACGUGCUGCGGUUCCUGGGCCGGGGCAGACAAACCCACCAGCCGGAUCUAUUAUUUGCCGGUUACGUUUUCCAGACCUCGCCGCUGCGUCACAAGUUCAGCAAGUGGUACGUCUCCCUGGAGGAGUAUCCCUUUGAUCGCUGGCCGCCGUACGUCACCGCCGGCUCCUUCAUUCUCUCCCGCCAGACCCUGCUUCAGAUGUACGCCACCAGCAAGCGGAUACCACUGUUCCGCUUCGACGACGUCCACCUGGGCAUUGUGGCGCUGAAGGCGAGGAUUCCUCUCCAGCACUGCGAUGACUUCCACUUCCAUCGACCGACGUACAAAGGCCCGGAUAGCUACAGCAGCGUGAUAGCCUCCCACGAGUUCGGGGAUCCCGAGGAAAUGGUCCGGGUGUGGAACGAGUGCCGGUCUGCCAACUAUGCGUAGCAUCUGGAUAGGUUCUGGUAGAAUAAGUUCUAUUUUUAAUGCCAAGAGAUUGUAUAUACGAAAGUGUUUAAGACCUAGAUCGAAGCCUUAUGAAAGUACACCUAAAAUAAGCUAUUUUUUUUGUAAUAGCCAGUCUGAGGGACAAGUUAUCCUUCAGGACUGUAAUGAUAUCCUAUAUAGCUUUUCUUGUUUCUAAAAAUAAAGUGUAAUUAUAGUAUGUUAGCUUAUAUUUCUAUGUCUCUGGAUAAUAAAUCUAAAAUGGCAACAGAA